AUGCUCCAAACAAUUCAUCUUCAUCUCCCUUCUCCCCUUCCUCUUCAGGCCCUCCACAUCUCCCCUCAAUCAACCAUAUCCGACUUACCUAUCCCAUCCCCCUUCGACGACAAUGACGAUGUAUAUCUACGAACAACCUCUUCCAUCUUAUCUCCCUCUACAUCUAUCUUAUCACUGCAGCACAAUGAGAACGCAGAUCACCCAAUCAAUAUACAUGUCUGUGCGAGGCUGCUGGGUGGAAAAGGAGGGUUCGGAAGUCAGUUGAGAGCAGCGGGAGGAAGGAUGUCUACUGGUAAAGCAACGAAUAUGGAUUCCUGUAGGGACUUGAGUGGAAGGAGAUUAGGUACGAUCAAAGAAGCCCAGAGACAAGCAGAAUUACUCGAAUCUGCACCAGCCCUUCGAGCUAAACUUCAAGCAGAAGAAAAAUCAAAACUUGAAGCAUUGGAACGUAAAUUAGGUAUAUCACAACCUGACAGUCCGGAAGAUGGGGAGGCGUCUGGCUCGAAGAGGAAAGUAGAUGAUGUGAAUUUGGAAGAGUUGGCAGCCAAGAAAUACAAAUUCGAAGAUAACAAGUUUUUAGAGGAGAGUAGGGAGAUCAACGAAAGUGUUAGAAAUGCAGUUUCGAAGGCGAUGUUACUUAAGAAAAAGAAGAAAUCAUCUACAACCACCACUCCUGCUACUACUGCAUCGACCGCCAAGUCCGAUCCAAAGGGAAAAGCCAAAGUGGAUGAACUGACUAAGAAGGAAAAAGAGAGAUUAUCAAUGCCACCACCUGCCUUGACCAAUGUCGCGUGA